GACGGAAGAAGGCCCAAAUGCUCACCAUGUCAACGCAUUGCCCGUGACUGUCAUUGGAUCGAGGAAGCAGGCACAAUAGCGGCAACGAGAGUUCCAUCAUACCAGUCGAGCCCUCUGGCCCCAAAUACUCACCAUGAAACCGAAUAUACCUCCACAGAACAUCCUGGGUAUACCUUGCAGGACCCACAAGUUGCCAAGUUAUUCCGCCACUACAUAGGAACCUUGGCAGCAUGGUAUGAUCUUAAUGACAGCAAACGCCAUUUCAAGGAUAUCAUUCCCGUCAGGGCUCGACAUAAUCCGCUAUUGCUUAGUGCCAUUCUAGCCUUUUCUGCUGCCAACCAACACCGCACCCUUGGGGAAGACGCGUAUCUGGAGAUCGCUGAAUUCUACCACUAUGAUAGUGUGCGCAGAUUGAUUUCUCUUACUAAAAAUAUUGAUAGCAUUCCUCUUGGUGAAACACUUGCCGCCAUUUGCCUUCUGCGAUCUUAUGAAAUUAUUGCACAGAACGUUAGCUCCCAGAGUCACUUGCAAGGAUGCUAUUCUCUGCUGGCGAGUCGGCAGAUCCAUCUCACAGCAGACCUACUCAGCGCAGGAUACUGGAACUACCUACGAGAAGACAUCACGGUGGCUCUAAUAGAGCAACGUGGUCUAAUGAUCACGCUUUCCGAUCAAAAUUCCCCACCAGAACCAACAGAGGAUGCGGACUUCGCUAACUACAUCACAUUCUUGCUCGGCAAGAUUAUCAACCGGUGUCUGUCUGUCGAUUCAAGUGCAUUGAGUCCCCUCGAAUGGGAAGCUAUGAAGGCUGAUCUUGACAAUUUCAAAUCAUCACUCCCGCCGUCGUUCGACACGAUACAAACACCCGGCCUCGGGAGACAGAGUAGUUUCCCAUCUAUUUGGACACUACGAAGCUGGCAUGUGUCGACUCUCCAUUACUACCAUACCGCCAUGGGGAUCCUGUGGCUGGCGCAGCCUGCGACUCAACCCCUGAAAGCUCUACAACGCAUCGAUGAUAUGGAAUGUUUACGGCGGAAAUUGGAAUACCACGCGACUGAAAUUUGCGCCCUGGCCAUUUCAAGCGACUCGGCACCGGUCUGGGUUAAUGCUUUUGGCCCAAUUGCGUUUUGUUGCGGUUGGAUUCAAGAUACCCAGAAGCGCGUGGAGAUGGCAGAAGAGUUGGGAAAGUGGGGAAAGCUGACUGGAUGGCCGGUUUCCAGUAUAUUAGAUGCUCUUUGUCCGUCGGAGAUGGUCCAUUAG